AUGAGCUUGAAAGGACACCUAGCGCUUGUUACCGGCAGUACAAGUGGCAUCGGUCUUGGAAUAGCCACGUCUCUGGCUGAUGCAGGGGCGAAUUUGGCGAUAAAUGGAUUUGGGCCGGAUGAAGAGAUUCAAAAAAUUCUUGGUUCUCUUAGAGCGAAAAAUGUCAAAGCGGAGUUCGUGAGCUUCGACGUUUCUGACGCUGAAAAAGUCGAAGAAGGGAUCAAAAAGGCCAAAGAAAUCUUCGGCCAACCAGUUGAUAUUUUGGUCAACAAUGCUGGUAUUCAAUUCACUUCUCCGACCGAAGACUUUCCGGUGGAAAAAUUCGACCAAAUCAUCAAGAUCAACAUGUCUUCGAAUUUCUACGCGAUCAAGGCGGUUUUGCCAGAUAUGAAGGCGCAGAAUUGGGGCCGAAUCAUAAACAUUUCCUCCGCUCAUGGAAAAGUCGCUUCGGCGAACAAGAUCGCUUAUGUCGCCGCAAAACACGGUGUUUUGGGAAUGACAAAGGUUGUGGCUCUAGAAACAGCGAAAACCGGGAUCACCUGCAAUGCGAUUUGUCCUGGUUGGGUUUUGACACCCUUAGUUGAGACUCAAAUUCGAAAACGCGCUGCUGAAAACGAAACUUUUGAAGUCGAAAAGAAAAAGCUGCUAGAAGAAAAACAGCCCUCUGGAGAUUUCGUGAAAAUCGAAGAUUUAGGGGCAAUGGUCGUCUUUCUCUGCUCAGAAGCAGGCGCGAACAUUCGCGGCUCUGAUUUUUCCAUGGACGGUGGUUGGACCGCUCAAUAA